CCUUUGCACAACUUCCCAGGAGGACUAAAUGGAGGACCUUCAAAAGGGGGGGGGGGAGAAAUGGAGGCAUGUCCAAAGAAAAGGAGGACUCAAUGGAGGACCUUGAAGGGGGAAUGGCGGGCAUGCAUGAGCAAAGAAAAGUUAUGAAGAAUGAGUCUAAAGAUUGAAUGGUAAUGAUCCCAUCUCUGUGAAGAAGCUCCCAUGAGUUCCAGACAAACAAAGAGAAAGUGGGAAGAAAAACUGAAGAACAUUGAAGAAUUAGCAUCUCUGUAUAAAAGAAGGCCACUCUGUGAACGUUACAAACCACAGCUCUCCAAACCAUGGCAACCACCCUCUGUUUGGAAGCUGUUUCAUCGGCAAACUCAAGCAUUCAGUUUUGUGAAGUCUUGUAAAGAGGAUGUUCAUGUAUUUGCUUUGGAAAGGAGUGCUUCAAACAAGCAAAGGUUUUAUCUCGUGACAACCUAUGCAGAGCUUUGGUUUUAUUACAGCAAACAUCGUGAAACAAGUCUUAUGCAUUCUUAUGAAGUUAUUCCAGAAACUGCUGUUUGCAAACUUUACUUUGAUUUGGAAUUCUACAAACCAACAAAUCAAGGAGCUGAUGGGAAACAGAUGGUAGCAGACUUAAUGGAGUUUGUUUGUAAACAGUUAGAUGAACACUAUGGAGUAAAAUGUUCAGCUGAAGAUAUUUUGAAUUUGGAUUCGAGUACUGAAGAAAAAUUUAGUUGCCAUUUAAUAUUUCAGCUCCACAAUGCUGCAUUUAGGAAUAACAUUCAUAUAGGUAACUUUUUAAGAUCAAUUCUACAACCUGCUGUUCUUUUAACUAAGAAUAAAGACGCAGUAGUUCUAGAAAAACAGAUACUGUCUGUUUCUCAGUCUUACAAAGCUACCACCGAUUUACCCAAGUGUCUUGAAAACCAGACUGUCUCCAAGAAUGUGCCUCAAACUUGCCAACUUAAUUCACAGAGGACACUGGAAAAGGGGGCAUCACAAAGGAAAGAAAACACAGAUCUAUCUUUUCUGAUAUUAAAUGGUAAACAGGGAGGAAAACAACUAUUUGUAGAUCUUGGGGUUUAUACUAAGAAUAGAAAUUUCCGAUUAUACAAGUCAUCAAAAGCAGGAAAAUGUGUUGUCCUGGAUAUUGCGGAAGACAACAAAUUUAUUCCUAAACCUGUAAAGAAUUCUUCCAUAGAAGAACAGUACUUUUUAUCCUCUUUGAUCUGUAAUGUAAGAUAUUCAAAUUGUUUAAAAAUUCUGACUUUUGACAACCCAGAGGAAUCGAGAGAAAAGUCUGUCUGUUUAGAUGGUGAUGUCACUAAUGAAUCUCUAGACUCCAUAAGGGGAUACCAUUGUUCACCAUAUCCAGAAAUUGAUAACUUUGUCAUUUCCUUAAUCAGUAAAGACAACAUUAAAGGAGGAAUAAGAAGAUGGAAUUAUUUUAGUCUUGAACAGCUUCUUGUAUAUGACAUCAUGAACUAUCGUUGGUGUAGGAAUAUUGGCAGAGCUCACAAAAGUAACAAUAUAAUGAUUAUAAUUGAUUUAAAACAUGAGAAUUGGUAUCAAAAAUGUCAUGACCCUAUUUGCAGAGCACAAAACUUCAAAUCAGAAUGUUUUCCAUUACCAAGUGAAGUAUGCCUCCCAUUCCUUUUCAAAGAGGAUGAAGAAUAUGAAUAUAUAAUGGAUGAAAAUGGAAACAUUGAAGAAAAAUUCAAAAUGUAUAACCAUACAACAUGCUUGUCAGACAGCACAUCUUUAACUAUGUUACACCAAACAAGUGAACCAAACACCACAAAACGGUCAAGCAUUGAAUGGGAUGAUGAGAGUGAUAUCUUUUUUUUGGAAGCUGCUGAAGAUGUGGAACUAGCUGAGGCUGCUGAUACUUUUCAGCCUCAGAGGAACUGGAGCGUAGAUGAAAUACCUGAUGAGCUCCUAGUAGAAGCUUUAAGAAACCAUGAAGUCAGUGAAAUCAAGGAAUAA